GUUUCAAAUGAAUAAAAGAAUAAAAAUGAUGUCAAUCAUAUAUCAGGACAUUAUGGACAUAUAAUUUAAUAAAUUAUCACAAUUUUUUGACUAACAUAUAAUUUUAAUAAAAAAACGAAGGUAAAUAGGUGACGAGAUAACGACACAGGAUAACGUAAUGAAUCUUCCGAAAUAUGGACAAUCGCCAAUCGAUUUAGAUAACAGCAUUGUACAUGCUGUGAAAUACCCACCGUUAAUUUUGAAUGGAUAUUGGCUUAACGAGGGAGAAGCCACAUUAACAAAUAAUGGGACAACUGCAAUGGUCACGCUAAGUGGUGACAGGAUUCCGUCGACGAUAACCGGUGGUCCACUGUUUAAUGAGGAAUAUGAAUUACAUAAUGCACAUUUUCAUUGGGGCAAGGAAAAUUGUAACGGGGCUGAGCAUACGAUCAAUGGCACUUGGUUUUCCAUGGAAGCACAUUGUUUACAUUGGAAUCGAAAGUAUUUGACUUUUGAAGAUGCUGAAAAGCAUAAAGAUGGUCUUGUAAAGCUUGGGUAUUUCUUUUUGGUUAACGGGAACAAUGAAUGGGAUAAUCCUAUGCUUCAGAAAAUCACAGAUAAUUUAAUGUAUAUUGUGGAAGCGAAUAGCGAAGUGAAAAUACCAGCCAAUUCUUUGUGUUGGGUACGGGAGGCUUUGCACAGUCCAGGAUAUUAUGUUUACUAUGGCUCUAGAACAACGUGGCCAUUCAAGGAGGGCAUAAUAUGGAUAAUUUUUCCAAUCAUCUUAUCGGUCUCAGCUAAUCAAAUGGAUGCUUUUCGGAAACUCAAGAAUGGAGAGGGUAAAUGCAUAUUAUCAAAUUGCAGAUGCAUACAGUUACUAAGAGGACGGAAAAUAUUUUGGGCUUUAAAUUCAAUGUAAACGUAAACUUAACUAAUUUAAUAAAAAAUGGAACU